ACUUGUUUCGAUUAUUCAUAAAAUUCUAUUACGGGGAUACUAAUUUUUUCUUAUGUUUUCACUAUAAUAAUGUUUAUAAAGAAAUGAAAUGGGAAAAGGAAAAGACAAAGGGAAAGUAAUAUCUACUUGGAACGCCCACUUCUCUUUUUGCCCCAUUUCUGCUCCGACCUCGCUUCAGCAUAUUCCAUUCUUCACUCGGUGACCUUCGAAUCAUGCAGAGCCUCCUCUUGCCGGCGCCGGCGGCGAGCUCCGGCACGUUCUCGGCGCCGUCGGGUCCCGCCUCAUCGUCGUACCUCCGUCGCCUCGCUGCCAGAGAGCCGCUAUUGCUCGUUGGCCACCGUCCUUGUCUUUCCUCUCCGAAUUCUCUCUCUGCCGCUGGACCGGCACACAGAUCGAACGCCUUUCCCUUGACAUCCCUUUCGCCUCGCGAUGCUCUCGGCUGCAGACGAUCCAAGCUGUUCUCCACCUCGGUGGCCUCCUCUCCGGUUUCUCCUGCCUCCACUUCUCCGAACGACGAUGCUGAGAAGGCGAAACUUGCCCAGGUAACCAAAAGACUAGAGAAUACCUCAAGGUAUUUCCGGAGGUUGGGGAAUUUAGGGUUUUGGGGACAGCUAGUGUGCACUGUUGUGGCUGCGGUUAUUCUUUCCUUUUCCGUGGUUAUAACUGGGAAGGUCACAUCGCCGGCCACUUUUUACGCCACUGCCGGCGGGAUAGCGGCAGCUUUCAUUUCCGUCUUUUGGUCAUUUGGAUAUAUUCGGCUAUCUGAGAAGCUUCGGAAAACUGCUAAUGAUCCCUCGAAGGCUCCUUUUCGAGCAGAUGUAGUCAAAAGUUUGAAGAAUGGCAUCAUGUUGAACCUGUUAGGGAUGGGUGCUGCUAUUCUUAGUAUGCAAGCAACUGUUGGGUUGUUGGUAGCAAAGGCUCUCACUUCCUCAGCGAACCCACAUUAA